UAGAAAGAGGAGGACGGCUUGACCCUUCUUCAAUUUUAGAAAUAUUAUAUACGCCACAAUUUAUGUGGAUGCGAUCAGUCUUGUUUAUACCUGCUUGUACGAACGAUUGAAAAAAUGUACUUCGCCAAAGAGAGCAGCGCAUCGAACGACGUGAAGAAGGAAUAUAACGUUAUGGAACGUCGCGCGGUGCGCUUACUGAGCAGACGUUACGACCUGACGAAUACGAGCUACAAGUAUUUGGAAAUUGGAAUCAACGUUGGUCUACCGAGUUACAUGAAGAUCGCCCUGGGAGAUCAUCGCGAACACGAACUGUCGCUGUCUCUCGAAACAUGGAAGGGCCUCUACGAGCAGCGAUGGAAUAUUUACAAGAUGCUGCGAAACGAAUACAAGGACAAUUUUAUAAGCGUUGGGCCGAUAACCAUCAGAGUUUGCAAGCUGAACGAUGUUACGCUAGUACGUCUCGAUUCUUUAUCCGUACACAUGAUGAUGACCGAAACGACGCUAAAACC